UGACUUUUUAUUUCCUCUUUUUCUUUUCCAAAACAUACCAUCCUUUACACCAUGGCUCAUCAAGCACGCAUCAAUACCGUAGUCGAGUCUCUUACCAGAGGUCCUCGUUGCGUUGAAUUUCCUUCAAGAAAUGGUCAAGUCAAGCCUGUUUCUGAAAUUUUCGGCCAAAACGUGUUUUCUCGCACUGAAAUGUCUAAGAUGUUGCCUAAGCCUGUCUUUAAGACCUUCAUGGAAACCUUAAAGGGUAAGAGCACCAUCGAUAAGGUUACUGCCGAUGCUAUCGCUCAUGCUGCCAAGGUCUGGGCUAUUGAAAAGGGUGCAACUCACUUCACUCAUUGGUUCCAACCUUUGAACGACUCUACUGCUGAAAAGCAUGAUUCUUUCUUGACCUUGAAGACUUCUUUUGUUGAUGGUUCUCAAGUUGUCACUGCUAUUGAUACUUUCUCUGGCUCUCAAUUGUUGCAAUCUGAACCUGAUGCUUCUUCUUUCCCCUCUGGUGGUAUGCGUACUACAUUUGAAGCACGUGGUUAUACCGUCUGGGAUACUAAGAGUCCUAUGUUUGUCCAAGAAGGUCCUCACAACACAAUGGUUCUUUAUAUUCCCUCUGUCUUCAUCUCUUACAAUGGUGAAGCUUUGGAUGAAAAGUCCGUUCUUUUGAGAUCUUCUGAAGCUUUGGAAAGAGUUGCUUUGGAAGUCCUCAAGGUCAUUGAACCCAAGGAUUCUGAAAACCGCUCUGAAUAUGUCUACACCACUCUCGGUACUGAACAAGAGUACUUCUUGAUUGAUCGUUCUCUUUACACUCUCCGUCCUGAUCUUAAGAUCACCGGUCGUACUUUGCUUGGUGGUCUUCCUCCUCGUCAUCAACAAUUGGAAGAUCAUUACUUUGGUAAGAUCCCCACCCGUGUUUUGUCUGCCAUCAGUGAAUGUGAAUUGGAACUUGCCAAGUUGGGUGUUCCCAUCAAGACUCGUCAUAACGAAGUAGCUCCUGCUCAAUUUGAAGUUGCACCUAUUUUUGAAGAAGCUCUUACUGCUGUUGAUCACAACUUGUUGACCAUGGAUGUUCUUCACCGUGUUGCUCACCGCCACAAGCUCAAGGUUCUCUUCCACGAAAAGCCUUUCCGUGGUGUCAACGGUUCCGGUAAGCAUUGUAACUGGAGUUUGUCCACCGAUAAGGGUGACAAUUUGUUGGAUCCCUCCGGUACUCCUGAAACCAACUACCGUUUCUUGAUCUUCCUUGUUGCUACUCUCAAGGGUGUUCUUGACCACGGUGAUCUCUUGCGUGCUGGUGUUGCUUCUGCUUCUAAUGAUCACCGUCUUGGUGCUCAAGAAGCUCCUCCUGGUAUUAUCUCUGCUUUCUUGGGUUCUCAAUUGACCGAAGUCCUUAAUGCUGUUGAAGAAAACCGCCCUGUAGAUCAUGGUGCUCAUGAACUUCAACAUGUCCGUGUCAAGGGUACUGUUUUGGAUCUCAAGGUCGCUGCCUUGCCUCCUAUUGCUCGUGACUUGACUGACCGUAACCGUACUUCUCCUUUUGCUUUCACUGGUAACAAAUUUGAAUUCCGUGCUGUUGGUUCCAAGCAAUCACCUUCUUUCCCCAUGACCUUGUUGAACUCUGCUGUUGCUAAGGCUUUGACUGAAAUCUUGGCUGACUUGAACGAAGUCAAGGGUGACAAGCCUGUUGCUUCUGCUGAAGAUCAAUUGACCGUCAUUCGUAAAUACAUCAAGUUGACCAAGGCCAUUCGUUUUGAAGGUGAUAACUACUCUGAUGAAUGGGUUCAAGAAGCUGCCAAGCGUGGUUUGGCCAACAUCACCAAGAGUCCUGAAGCCUUUGUCCGUUUGUUGCGUAAAGAAAAUGCUGACAUGUUGAGAGAAAUGGGUGUCUUCUCUGAUGCUGAAUUACAUUCUCGUUAUCACAUUUUGAUUGAAAAGUAUGCCAAGGACAUUACCAUUGAAGCUCAAACCAUGAUUACCAUGGUUAUUCAACAAGUCUUGCCUGCUGCUUUCGAGUACAGACGCAACUUGGCCGAAGCUGCUUCCUUCAUGAAGAAUGUCGGUGUUGAAGCUUCUCCUGAAGUUGAAUUGUUGAAUGAAUUAACACCUAUCGUCUCUACUCUUCAAAAGGAUAUCACCGCUCUUAAGCAACUCAUGGUUGAACUUAUCAAGGUUGAAGAUAUUGUUGAUUUGGCUAAGGCUUGUUGCGAACAAGUUCUUCCCAAGAUGGAAGCUAUUCGUGAAUUGGCUGAUAAGCUGGAACGCAACGUUGCUGACAAGUUGUGGCCUUUGCCCAAGUACACUGAAUUGUUCUUGAACAUCUAAGUAUCAUUGUUAACCUAUUUUCAUUAUUAUUUUCUCUUUUCAUUCCAAUUAUCAUUCAAUGUGUGAAUAUCAAUGUAUAUCUUUUAAAGAAAAAAAAGGAGAGCGGCAUAAAAAUGCUUUGCUCUUUUCUUUUUGUACAAUAAAAACAUUAUUUUCCCUGUAA